CGUCAUUCUAAUGCAGGACUGAGGAUGACCUCGAGCGCGAGAAAGGGGAGAGAAAUCAAACGUAUCGUAUCGUAUAAAAUUCAGCCUUGGCUCUCUGGCAGCACUCUGGUUGUGAUACACCGGGGUCUGUUAGUGCCGUGUCCAGCAGAGCUUUAUCACACAAGGAUGCAGGGAUGCUGAGAGGCCGGCGCGUGGAAUGUGCGCGUCAUCACAGCGACAGAGGAGCUUGGAUAUAGAACGUCACAGAGCGCGUGAACGCGCUUGAGAGAAAGAGAGAGAUGGGCAAUCAAAGCCUCACAGCAUCUCUCCCAUCGCUCCCGGAGUCACGGGGAAACGACAGCGGAGCCGGUGACCACCACGGCCGCCCUCAGAAGCUGGACUCGCCGAUAGAUUAAACACGAGACUUCACUGCUGAAGUCACCGCGUUACGUCGGCGUUCGUUCCCGGAAAACCGAAAUAAAUCACAUCAAAUACGUGCAAACGGAAAGAGAGUGUUGAUUAGACUCACAGAGGAGGAAAACAUGUCAUAUAAGUGAAUUUGUGUUUGUUGUUUGGUUUUUCCCCCAUAUGCGCUUAUAAUGGGAGAAGCCGGCGGUCGUUUCCAAACAAGCUCUUCAGUGGACAAAUCCAACUAGACUUCAUUAAGAGCGCGCGCGUGAACAGACCUUCACUUCUGCAACCGUUUCCUCUGAAUCUGUUUUAUGUCUGGGUGUUGUCGGGAGAAACCGUGAAACAUUUCCUGCUGUUCUUGGACGACGGAGAAUCUUUUGGUUUAUCCCGAGCUCAGGCUGAUGGAAUUGCGCUGAGCAACGCUUAAGAAAACGAGGAAAUACCCACAGAGCUCCAACAUCACAGACCUCUGGUUUCUCCCUGCGGCUCGUUCCCAGGACCAGCAAUCAUCUGUGUGACCUCUAUAACUGACCUCAUGAGGACGGCUAAGGGAGAUGGAACGUAACAGAAUUUUCUUCUUUACUCUCUAUUGCAUUCCCACGAUAAUACACCAGGGCUGAGCACAACCACAGCCCCUCGUCGACCCCAACCCUUCCACAGUCCCCCCAUUCCUGUCCUCCCUCUUUCUCCCUGAAAGACCAAAACAAACCAGCGGGACCACUUUUUCUUGUUCUGUUAUAAUAGUUUAACUUUCCUUUGCCCUUCACCCGUGACAAAGCAAAGCGGAAGUCAAUAAACCGGUGAAGCGGAGAAGGAAAAACAAGACAGUCAUGUAUCUGCCCCAUGCCUUCAAAUUCAAUUUGGGCCAUGCCCGCAAUUCAGAGGCCACCCACGCAGUUACUCUCCUCUGGUUGGCUCUGUGGAUCACCUUGGCAUCGUGUCAGCGCAUUGAUCCCGGCUCCAAAUAUCCCACCGUCACCACAAACUACGGAAAGUUGCGUGGGAUUAAAAAAGAGCUUAACAAUGAGAUUCUGGGUCCCGUUGAACAGUACCUUGGCGUCCCCUAUGCCACAGCACCAAUCGGAGACCGUCGUUUUCAACCACCGGAAGCUCCUGGGUCUUGGCAGGAAGUGCGGAACGCUACACAGUUCGCCCCUGUUUGCCCGCAGAACGUGCAUGGUGUUUUACCUGAGAUCAUGCUGCCCGUGUGGUUUACCGACAACUUGGAUGUGGCCGCGACCUACAUUCAGAAUCAGAGCGAAGACUGUCUCUACCUCAACGUCUAUGUUCCCACAGAGGACGGUCCACUCACAAAAAAACACGAUGAAUCGACACUGAACCGGCCACGAGAUGAAGACAUCCGCGACCGCAGGAAGAAACCAGUCAUGCUGUUCAUUCACGGUGGCUCUUACAUGGAAGGAACCGGAAACAUGUUUGACGCCAGUGUGCUUGCGGCAUAUGGGAACGUCAUUGUAGUCACCAUGAACUAUAGGCUGGGAGUUCUGGGUUUUCUUAGCACAGGAGAUCAGUCUGCUAAAGGGAACUAUGGCCUGUUGGAUCAAAUCCAGGCCUUGCGUUGGCUGAAUGAGAAUAUUGGACACUUUGGUGGCGAUCCUGAACGGAUCACGAUCUUUGGCUCUGGGGCUGGAGCGUCUUGUGUCAACCUACUCAUCCUGUCACACCACUCUGAGGGCCUGUUUCAGAGAGCCAUCGCUCAGAGUGGUACAGCCAUCUCCAGCUGGUCCAUUAGCUACCAGCCAUUGAAGUACACUAAGAUUCUGGCCCGUAAAGUGGGAUGCACAUAUGGGGAGACCGCAGACCUGGUGGAUUGUCUCCGCAGGAAAAAUUUCAGAGAGUUGGUGGAUCAGGACAUCCAGCCGGCCCGCUACCACAUUGCAUUUGGACCCGUGAUGGACGGAGACGUUGUGCCAGAUGACCCCGAGAUCCUGAUGCAGCAGGGGGAGUUCUUGAACUACGACCUUCUGAUUGGUGUAAAUCAGGGAGAGGGGCUGAAGUUUGUGGAUGAUGGGGGCACUGAGAGUGAAGAGGGCAUUUCAGCUGCAGCUUUUGACUACACCAUCUCCAACUUUGUGGAUAACCUCUAUGGCUAUCCUAAAGGUAAAGACAUCCUGAGGGAGACUAUUAAGUUCAUGUACACAGACUGGGCAGACCGAGACAAUGGUGAAAUGCGGCGCAAGACUCUCCUGGCGUUGUUCACGGAUCACCAGUGGGUGGCUCCAGCCGUAGCUACUGCCAAGCUCCAUGCAGACUACCAGUCUCCCGUCUACUUCUACACCUUCUAUCACCACUGCCAGACCGAGACCCGACCCGAGUGGGCAGACGCUGCUCACGGGGAUGAGAUACCAUAUGUGUUCGGGGUGCCCAUGAUCGGAGCAACAGACCUCUUCCCUUGCAACUUUUCCAAAAAUGAUGUCAUGCUUAGCGCUGUGGUGAUGACUUACUGGACCAACUUUGCCAAGACCGGGGAUCCCAACUUGCCUGUUCCUCAGGACACCAAGUUCAUCCACACCAAACCCAACCGCUUUGAGGAAGUGAUCUGGACCAAGUUCAACUCCAAAGACAAGCAGUAUCUCCACAUUGGCCUGAAGCCUCGCAUCCGGGACAACUACCGAGCGAAUAAGGUUGCCUUCUGGCUGGAACUGGUUCCUCACCUCCACAACCUUCACGAGGAGGUCUUCAGCACCGCCACAACCCGGCUGCCUCCAGGAACCGCCCGCACCCCACCCUGGAAGGGUCAGGGACCUCGUACCACACGCCAUCCCAUCCCAACCUACCCUUCAGAAUCGGACCCAGACAGCUCAGAGCCCCCUCGAUUCCCUCCCUUCCCAAGCGACACCCGGGACUACUCUACCGAACUGAGCGUGACGGUAGCUGUCGGUGCAUCGCUCCUCUUCCUCAACAUCCUUGCCUUCGCCGCACUUUACUACAAACGCGACAAACGGCACGAGAUGCGACGGCACCGACUGUCCCCGCAGCGAGGCGUACCUGCUAAUGACUUGGCACACAGCCAAGAGGAAGAGAUCAUGUCCCUGCAAAUGAAGCACUCGGAGCACGACCCCCACCAUGACAUGGAGCCGCUGCGACCGCAUGAUAUUUUACGUCCCUCAUGUCCACCCGAUUACACAUUGGCACUUCGACGGGCACCGGACGAUGUUCCCCUCAUGACCCCCAAUACUAUCACCAUGAUUCCCAGCACCAUUACUGGCAUGCAACCCCUCCAUGCCUUCAACACUUUCCCUACAACCACCGGCCACAACAACACCUUACCCCACCCUCACUCCACCACCCGUGUAUAGUAGCACCCCCAAACGAGAGGACUAGCUCUCAUACAUAUCCAGUUUUCUCUCUCUGCCCACCUUUUCAAGCUCCUAAACUUCUUGAGCAGCGACAGCGCAUCCUGUCGGCGUUCUCAUAGACACAAUCAAGGAUUGGUAGAAGUUGUACACACUAGAGGAGCUCAAUGGUGAGCAACAGAUUUGGUCGGCAGUGACAAGUCACCAGCCUCGCACUGGAUUCAACUUGCUGUUCGUUUUUACACAUUGUUCUUAAAGAAAUUGCGCGUCAGUGAUUGACUGAGCUGAUCCGAUGUCAUAAGGAGAAAUGGGGACAUUUACCCACUUUUCUUCUCUCAGUAAAUUGGCAGAGUGCAGAUUUCAUCCAUCCUUUUGUUAUUCCGUUAGCAGCCCAUCACUCUCUGUCUGAAUGUGAUCUGUGUCCUUGGGUUAUGUUUUACAUGAAUCACAAGGGCAUUCGAUAAAAGGCGCAAGCUGGAUAUGUUGUGUUUACCUGCAGUUAUGUGUCAAGUAUUAAACCAUUCCUUGUAACAAGACACAAAGAGAGAAAAUGACAGCAUCUGACAGAAGACGAAAACAAAAGUGCCAACAUCCUCUCGUUUCUUUUUUCUCGCUAUCGCUCUGCACUGUGCGUGUCAUUUUAUCACACAUAUUUGACUUGGCUAUGUGUUGUUUCUUAGGAAGAUUUUUGUAUGUAUAAAUAUAAAGACAAAU